GUUCGACCGUGCCACGAUUUUCAACCUCAAGCAUCACAGCCAUCACAAUGCCGGUCGUCAAGGGAGGCGUGUGGACCAACAUCGAGGAUGAGAUCCUCAAGGCGUCCGUCAGCAAGUACGGGCUGAACCAGUGGGCGCGCGUGUCGUCGCUGCUGGCGCGCAAGACGCCGAAGCAAUGCAAGGCCCGGUGGAACGAAUGGCUCGAUCCAAGCAUCAAGAAGAUCGAGUGGAGCAAGGAGGAGGACGAGAAGCUGUUGCACCUGGCCAAGCUGAUGCCCACGCAAUGGCGCACCAUCGCCCCGAUCGUCGGCCGCACCGCCAACCAGUGCCUCGAGCGGUACCAGCGACUCCUCGACGAGGCAGAGCAGCGAGAAGCGUCUGACCUGGGACUGACCGGCCCCGAGGGUGGAGAGACGAAAGCGCCCACGGCCGACGACGUCCGCCGACUGCGGCCCGGCGAGGUCGACCCGGAUCCCGAGACGAAGCCCGCACGGCCCGACACGAUCGACCUCGAUGAGGAUGAGAAGGAGAUGCUGAGCGAGGCUCGCGCGCGCCUGGCCAACACGCAGGGCAAGAAGGCGAAGCGGAAGGCCCGUGAGCGGCAGCAGGAAGAAUCGCGACGGCUGGCCGCGUUGCAGAAGCGGCGAGAGCUGAAGACCGCAGGCAUCAACAUCAAAGUCACCACGCGCAAGAAGGGGCAGAUGGACUACAAUGCCGAUAUCCCGUUCGAGAAGAAGCCCGUGCCCGGAUUCUACGAUACGGCAGAAGAAAUCCAGCGCAACGAGUUCCAGCGCUCGCACUUCGACCCCAAGAAGCAGCAGGUCGGCAACAAGCGCAAAGGGGAGGAGGACGAGGCUGCCGAGCGGAAACGGAGGAAGAACGAGAAGGACGGGCCCUCUGCUUCCCUGCAGGCUGCGCUCAAGGCCGGUCAGAUGCAAAAGAUCCGCGAGGCGGAGCAAAGCAGCAAGCGGAAAGCCCUGGUGCUCCCAGCGCCGCAGGUGAGCGAGGGCGAGCUGGAGGAGAUCGUCAAGAUGGGCAUGAUGGGUGAGCGGGCGGCUGCCAUGGCCCGCGAAAGCGAGAACGAUGCCACGCGUGGGCUGGUCGGCAACUACACGGCGCUCAACACAAACGCGCCGAUCCGAACGCCUCGCGCACCAGCGCAGGAGGACCACAUCGCCAACGAGAUCCGCAACAUCCGGGCGUUGACCGAGACGCAGUCAUCGCUGCUUGGCGGGGAGAACACACCCCUGCAUGAGGGGGCAGGUUCUACUGGGUUCGACUCCGUCGCGCCUCGCAAGCAGGUCGUCGCCACACCCAACCCGCUGGCAACGCCGUUACGACCGGCGGCUAACGGUGUCGGCGCAACACCGCUUCGGGCUGGGCAGACCCCACUGCGCACGCCCCGCGACACGUUCUCUCUCAAUGCGGCCGACAAGGAGAUGGAUCUAGUUGGAGGGACGCCAGCAGACGCCAGGAUGCGCGAGCUAUCCCUGCGCCACCAGCUCAAGCAACGCCUCGCCUCUCUACCCAAGCCAAAGGAGACCGAGUGGGAGCUGGAGCUGCCUGAGGAGCGGUCGGAGUCCAAGACGGCCGAGGAACUGGAGGAGGACGCGGCGGAGCGGGAUCGCAGAGAACGCGAGAUCCGCGAGGCGCGGGAACUCCUCGAGCGCAGGCGGCGGACGCAGGUGAUGCAGCGAGAUCUGCCUCGCGUCGUGUCGGUGGACUACAAUGCCCUGCUACGAGACGCCCCGCAGGUUGAGGACCCGGCUGAGGCGCUCGUCAGGCGCGAGGCGGCCCUCCUGGUUGCACACGACGCAACCAAGUACCCACUCCCGGGUGCGCCCCCAACAACCAAGCCGAUCCAACUUCCCCAGAUCGACGACGCCGCCCUGGCGGAAGCGCGGCUGCAGAUCCUCCUCGAGAUGAAGGACAAGCCCAAGCCCGAGGAAGUGCAAGCCGUGUGGAACAAGGAGAACACCAACUCGCUGCUCCUCGGCCUCGGCUGCUACGACUCGGACGACGGGGAAGACCAGGUCGAGACCAUGAGGACCGCUCUUGAUUCCGCCCUAGAAUCUCUCAUCGCAUCCGCCGAAAAGGGUAACAAGCUCGAGAAGAAGCUUAACCUGCACCUCGGCGGGUACAAGAACCGGGCCGAGAUGCUGCGCAAUAAGAUCGGCGAGGCGCACGUCGCUCUGGAGAAGGCGCGGAAUGCCCUGGCCGGAUUCAAGGUCCUGCAGGCGAGCGAGAAGGCGGCUAUCCAGCGGCGGCUGGGGGCACUGCGGGCCGAGGUGGCGUUUGUGAGCACGAGAGAGCGGGAGGCACAGGAGCUAUACCGUAGGGUGAGGGAUGAGUUGGAAGAGUUGAAGAUCCAAGCUGGGGUUAAUGGUCACUAAGCCGGUGUGUAUGUAGAUAUAGGUGUGUUAGGAUGGUUGGCGUUGACAGGGAAAAAGCAUAUGGUAAAAUGUUGUUACUGCAUGGUUUUCAUAGAUUGCAGAGCAACUGAGGAGCGAAGAGUAGAACUGACAUCUGCAGCUAAGCUGGCGACUUAUAUUGGAAGUCGAAAAGGCUCCUCAUCCCCAUCAUAAACCACCC